UGCCGCUGAGUACGCUUCUCAGUUGCGACUUAACCGCCGCGCGCGUUGUUUUCGUUGAAAGUGCCGGCGUUCUACCGGCGGUUUCUGACGUUUAGAUCGCGAGACUUGUUUGUUAAUUAUUUAGUGCAAGUAAUAAACAAAAAAAAAAAAAAAAUAAAAAGUACACAAAAUUCUACACUCUGUUAUUGUUUUGGACAAAUUUUAUCCCCCGCCAUACUUGUGUUUUUAUUUAUUUGCAAAGACGCUGGAGAAUUAAAAUUAAAAUUAAAAACGGAGUAAAAAAAGUGAAACGCGUGCCUGCAGCUACAAGUGUGACCAGUUGUUUCUGUUUGAGUUAUUUUUUUGGUUAAUACUUUUACUUUUUAAAUGUAAAAUAAUAAAAAAAAAAAAAAAGUUGUUUUGGAAUUUUGAGUUUUAAGUUUGGAGUUUCGAGUGCCAGAUUGUGCCAAGUACAGUUAGAUUUUGAUUUACCAUUCAAUAUAAUAAUUGUUAUUGUUUUUUAUCAAGAGGAAAAGUAAUUAUAAUUAUAAGCAGCAGCAUUGUUGUGAGUACCCAGUUGGUUGUCAAAAGUUGUUGUAAGUUAGUGCUGAGAACGACAGAGUUUAGUUAGUUCGGGUUUUGAGUGGCCGAUGUUGGCGCGACAACGACAAACGAGUGAGCCGUUUAUUCGUAUUCGGGAAUAGUCGUGUGGUGGCUCUGGUGACGCUUUUAAGUUUUGUAUUUUAAUAAUAAAACACGCCGACAGAACGGGGGUGAUCGACCUGCUUGAUUGGCUUAUCAUUUUCAUUUUCGCAGCAGCAGCAGCAGAAGAAGAAGCUGUGGAAGAAUUUUCCGAAUGGUGGGCUGGGAAAGUGCAUGAAAUACACCCCUCGGUGACCUGUUGAGAAAAAAGUCCACCGUAGAUCGAGGGGCAGAAUGCCGAGCCACGGGUACGACCGCUGAUUUACUGAGAGAGCCCAAGGGCUUCAAUAAAAAUGCUCGAGAGGAUGCGCUUUCUACUUAAAAUUUUGGCCUUGCUGGGCCUGCUGUGUCAGCAAGCACUCUCCUGGCCACAAGACCCCGUGCCGCGACUGCAUGUCAAACACCGGGAAGUAAUUGGGCAGCGCUUCUUGGGCAACGAGAGUCACGUCGAGCACUUCAAACUUCUCGAACGAGCGCCGACUUUUAUCCUGAUUGGUGCAAGGAAUGCCAUCUACAACAUCAGUCUCCACGACCUCUCGGAAAUCGCCGACCAGAGAGUUCAGUGGUCGAGUUCUGCAGCCCACAGGGAGAUGUGUAAUCUGAAGGGUGCAAGCGAGGACGACUGCCAAAACUACGUCAGAGUUUUUGGACGUCAGGGCCCCAACAAAUUUAUCGCCUGCGGUACCAACGCUUACAAGCCCCAGUGCAAGCAAUUUCUGCGAACGAACGGGUCUUACGUGGGUUCAGGAGAGAGUGAUGGCCUCGGUCUCUGUCCUUACGAUCCACAGCACAACAGCACAGCAGUUUUCGCCGGCGGACAAUUGUACGCAGCGACUGUAGCGGAUUUUUCCGGUGGCGAGCCGCUGAUACACAGGCAGAAAAUACGAACCGAGCGGUCAGAUCUCAAUCAAUUAAACGGUCCAAACUUUGUCAGCUCGUUCGCUUACGGAGACUAUGUCUUUUUCUUCUACAGAGAAACGGCUGUCGAGUACAUGAACUGCGGCAAGGCGGUUUAUUCACGGGUAGCAAGAGUGUGCCAACAUGAUAAAGGUGGUCCACAUGCCUUCAGCGACAGAUGGACGACCUUCCUAAAAGCAAGGCUCAACUGUUCGGUCCCUGGGGAAUAUCCCUUUUACUUCAAUGAAAUACAGUCGAUGAGCGACCCGACGACGGGUUUUUACGCGGGCCGCCACGACCAGCUGAUUUACGGGAUCUUCACAACGCCAGUUAACUCAAUUAGCGGCUCGGCGGUGUGCGCCUUCUCGAUGAGCAGUGUGUUCGACGUCUUCCAGGGGGCGUUCAAGGAGCAGGAAACGAUAAACAGCAACUGGCUACGCGUGCUCCCGGAAAAGGUCCCAGAGCCGCGACCAGGUGCUUGCGUCAACGACUCUAGGACGCUGCCCGACAUAACCGUGAAUUUCGUUAAGACCCACCCCCUGAUGGACGAUGCGGUGCAGUCGUUCUUCACCCUUCCGGUUCUCACCAAAGUCAGUUUCAAUUACAGAUUCACGAGGGUGGCUGUUGAUCCCCAAGUUAAAGCUCUCGAUGGCAGAACUUAUGACAUACUUUACAUAGGAACUGACGAUGGGCGAGUGAUCAAAGCCCUCAACACAAAAGCCCCCGACUCGUUAGCAGAAGUGGGCCAAGUCAUCGUGAGUGACGUCCAAGUGCUGCGAUACGGUCAAGCCAUCAAGGAUCUCCAAGUGGUUCAUCUGGCCGGCGAGGCGAGCAAAUUGGUGGUUAUCGCGGACUCGGAGAUACGCGCGGUCCCGCUCCAUCACUGCGACAGCCCGGCAGCAGUAAACUCCUGCGUCGCCUGCGUCGCUCUUCAGGAUCCGCAUUGCGCCUGGGACGCUACGAUGGAUUUGUGCGUCGCUGUGCCAACUAAGUUACACGACAAUGACGCCAGCAAGACCCUAUUCCAAGAUAUCAUCACCGGAAAACACAAGGGAUGCGGCGCCCAACAAGUGAAUGUUGACUUGGACCUGGCGAAGCCGGUGCCUCCAGUGAUGCCCCCACGAAUCGGGAUCGGCGAGCAGCCCGACGAACGUGACAAUGAAAUCGUCAUCGAAUUGGAUCGGGAAAAUCAAUACAGUCGAACUCAACCACGAGCUAAUGAACCUCAAGGAGUAACAGUAACGCCGGUGGUGUACUCAGCUCAAACAUUAACCGGAGCGCUGAUCGGAACUUGCUUCUUCUCGCUGAUUGCGGGGUUUGCGUCGGGAUUCUGGUUUUCCCAGCGGCUAAGAGGCGCGCCUUAUCCCGAUCCACCGGAGCAGCGUCAGCAGUUAAACCGGCUGACGGAAAGCUCGGAAUCCCCGGCGGGUUUCAAUAACAAGUCGAUAAAUCUGGUCCUUAACGUUACGCCGAAAAACCCGAACGGGAAAAACGCAAACAGCUCGGCGGAAAACAAGCCCAUGCAGAAGGUUAAGAAGACGUAUAUAUGAUACAGAAGACGACGAGCCGUUUGAGGCUU